UCCAUUGGAUAAAUUCCAAAAUUAAAAAGUAAUUGCCUCUCGAACAAGCGAGCCCCUUGAUUAAUCAAUCAGUUGCUUAAAAUCUCCCCAAAUAUAUAUAGUCAUACUUAUAUAUAAGCACACAUAGAGAUCGAGUGAUAUAAUCUCUCCAACCAGCAUCUCUCGAAACAUUUCUUCUUUGCAAACUAUUGCAAAUAAUCACCUGAGUAGCCAUGGCCAUGGUUGGGAGAUCGCUGCUGCUGCUGCUGCUGCUUGUUACUCUCGCCGCCGGCCAUGGCGUCGUCGUCGUCGUCGCCUUUGACCCCAACCCUCUCCAGGACUUCUGCGUCGCCGACCCGACGUCCAAAGUGCGGGUGAACGGGCUGCCGUGCAAGGACCCGGCGGCGGUGACGGCGGACGACUUCUUCUUCUCCGGCGUCGGCGAGCCGGCGGCCGGGGGAGGGCGCGGCGCCACGGCGAGCCGGCGGUACGGGUUCACGGCGCGGUCGGUGGACAUCCCGGGGCUGAACACGCUGGGCGCGUCGGCCGCCCGCGUCGACGUGGCCCCCGGCGGCGUUUUCCCGCCGCACUACCACCCGAGGGCGUCGGAGACGGCGGUGGUGCUCGCCGGCGCCGUCUACUUCGGCUUCGUCACGUCGUACCCGGACAGCCGCGUCGUGGCCAAGGUGCUCCGGCGAGGCGACGUGUUCGCCGUGCCGCAGGGCCUCGUCCACUUCCUCCACAACAACGGCAGCGAGCCGGCGGCGCUGUACGCGUCGCUGAGCAGCCAGAACCCCGGCCUGGUGCUCGUCGCCGACGCCCUCCUCGCCGCGCCGCUCCCCGUCGACCUCGUCGCCAAGACGCUCCUCACCGACGAGGCCACCGUCGACAAGAUCAGGGCAAACUUCAUCGUCCACCGCUCUUGAUUUUAGAUAAUAAAUCCUUUAAUUAAUUUUCUCUCUUUGUGGUAAAUGUAAUAUUUAUUAAUUUUCUAAUUAAUUGAUAUGUGACGGAAUAAUAAUCGGAUCAAUUGCGAAAUCGUCAGUUCGUCA